AUGUUGGGGGCAGGAAGAAUGGAAGAGUUCCAUAGUGAGGAGGACGAGCCUUGGUAUGAUCAGCAUGAUCUUGAGCAAGAUCUACACCUGGCAGCAGAAUUAGGCAAGACUCUACUGGAGCGCAACAAGGAACUGGAAGUCUCUUUGCAGCAAAUGUAUUUGAACAAUGAGGAGCAAGUGCAGGAAAUUGAGUAUCUGAGCAAACAACUCGAGAUGCUACGUCAGGUGAAUGAACAACAUGCCAAAGUUUACGAGCAACUGGACAACGUAGCGCGAGAUUUGGAAGUGACCAACUUACGCUUAGUACAAGAAAGCAAGGUGGCUCAACAAAAGAUUGAAAGUUUGACGGACACUAUAGAUGGUUUACAGAAGCAAGUAGAUGAUCUGCAGAGGCAAGUCGAGGAUCUACGUGGUAUGGAAAAGGUACGCAUCAGGAGGGACAAGAGGGAGAGACGGCGCACUAUCCAUACCUUCCCCUGUGUACGGGAACUGGCUUCUUGUAUUGGGUAUGAAGACUCAUUCAGCCUGCAUGCAUCAUGUCUGGAUCUGUCUCAGAAGCCUUUGCAGAGGGAAAAUGAACAUUUGCAGAGUGCGGUAAAUGCUCUACGAGCUCAGGUGGCCCAGGAACGCCAGAGGAAGGAGAAAGCAGAGCGAGAGUACCAAGCAGUGCUACAAGAAUACACUGAGCUGGAACAAAGGGCCUUUGAGAUGGAAAACUGCAGAUUACGCAUUAAAGAGCUGGAGAAUGAACUGCAGGAAUUGCAGCAGAUGAAGCAGGUGAAGCGUUAUCUCCUGGGCCGGGGUGAUAGCCUGUCUCAAGCAUUACUGGAACCACUUAACAAGACCCCAGAAACUGAUGAUCCAGAGCCUUUAGAUGGAGAGGGAGACCUGAGCAGCAAUCAGACCCCUGCAAACUCCGCUGUCAGGAAAAGCUGCAGUGACACGGCGCUGAGUGACAUUGUGGGAAGGGACGCUGUUAGCCGACAUGAAGGCAAUUACACUCUUCACGCCAACAGCACGAGACGCCGCGGUAUGUCUAUCCUAAGAGAAGUGGAUGAGCAGUAUCAUGCCUUGCUGGAACGUUAUGAAGAACUGCUGGCAAAAUGUAGACGACAUGAAGACAGCCUUUGCCAUACUGGAGUGCAGACUUCUCGUCCGGUGUCACGGGACAACUCGAGCAGGGAUCUCCCAGCAGAGGAAGUAGAACCUGAACGAGCACUCACACUACAGCUAGAAGCUGCCGACCGGAGGCUGGAACAGAGUCAACCAGAAUACAAGGCUCUGUUUAAAGAAAUCUUUAAUCGCAUUCAGAGAACCAAGCAAGAUAUCAGCGCUGGAAAGGGGCCAGGGGGAAAAUGA